AUGAAACCUCGGACACGCCGGAUAGCCUUCCACGCGGUGGGAUGUGGAGCACGCAGAAAAGGGAAGCCCACCCGAGCGCCGGGCCGGCCAGCUGCUUGCCUAAGGGACCCCCUCGACAGGAACCGCGUUUGCGCGCAGGGGGAUGGGGGGGCCCACCACGGCUGGGCGGGGGAGGGUAACGUCGGUGCCGGCCUACACCCGGGGACGCCCGGCCAACUCCCCCCCCCCCCGCCCCGCAGGCCAUGGCGCAGUAGCUCCCCGUCCGUGCCCGCUCGUCCCGCUUCAGUGACAAAGGGGAAAGCACAAAGAAUCCAGAGGCCCGGCUUUCCGGCCGCGGCCCCUUUAAGAGCAGAACCUCCCGGAGCUACCCGUCCCAACCGACCCCAACUUAACCGAAACCCAACCCGGACUUCCCCGUUACCGCUCAAAUAUUGCCAACUUUGGAUUUUCCCUCCCCCGCUAACCAAUCCGAUUGCUGUUACUAGGCAGACUUGAGCUGCUGCCGAAGG